AUGUCUCUUGGCAAGACCGUCACCCUCAACUCCGGCCACACCAUGCCUCGUGUUGGAUACGGUACCUGGCAGGCCGCCCCCGGCGAGGUCGGCAACGGUGUUUACGAGGCGCUCAAGGCCGGCUACCGCCACCUCGACCUGGCCAAGAUUUACGGCAACCAGAAGGAGGUUGGCGAGGGCAUCAGGCGUGCCCUCGCCGACGUCCCCGGCCUGAAGCGUGAGCACGUCUUCGUCACCUCCAAGCUGUGGAACAACAAGCACAGGCCCGAGCAUGUCGAGAAGGCCCUCGACGACACUCUGGCCGAGUUGCAACUCGACUACCUCGAUCUGUACCUCAUCCACUGGCCCGUCGCCUUCAAGCCCGGCGAGGAGCAGUUUCCCAAGCUCGCCGACGGCAGCGUCGACGUCGACCGCGGCGUGACCAUCUCGCAGACGUGGAAGGCCAUGACCGAGCUCCCCAAGACCAAGACCCGCUCCGUCGGAGUUUCCAACUUCAGCAUUGAGCAUCUCGAGGCAGUCAUCGCCGCCACGGGCUGCGUCCCCGCCGUUAACCAGAUCGAACGUCACCCUCGCCUCCCCAACGCCCCCCUGAUCGAGUACUGCGCCGAGAAAGACAUCAUCGUCACCGCCUACUCCGCCUUCGGCAACAACAACUGGGACGUACCUCUGCUCGUCAACACCCCCGAGGUCAAGGCUGUUGCCGAUCGCCUCAGCGCUGCACAGGGCAAGACCGUCACCGCUGCCCAGGUCAUCAUCGCCUGGUCGGUCCUCGGCAACCACACCGUCAUCCCCAAAUCCGUCACUCCUUCUCGCAUCCGUGAGAAUUUUCAGGAGAUUGAGCUUGACACGCAGGCUAUCAAGGACCUCGAAAAGCUCGGCGAGACUCCUCAGCGCUUCAACAUCCCCACUACCUACAACCCGAGAUGGAACGUCAACGUCUUCAACGACGAAAAGGACAAGGACGCCGCCCUGCAGGUUCUCGUCAAGUAA